AUGCUACCACUCGCCAAGGACCUCCUCGCAGAUGGUUCAUACGGGCUCACUCUCUCUGGAUCAGGCUUCUCCUGCAUCGAUGUCUCGGUCACCUUUGACGACUCUACCCUGGCAGACUCAUCGCCUGAUGCUUGCAACUCUACGCACAUCGAGUUUACCUCGUUUGCCACACCGUCAAACGUCUCGCUCGACAUCACUACCGCCCACAUACACACAGCGGGCACGCCUGUCGUCUGUCCUAUCUGCGAUGACUUUGCCAUCGAUCCCACCAUUACGGGCCUCUCCGUGGCAGAGCUCGAUGGCCUUGGCCUCGUCGCCCUCACCGUGCUCGGUAAUGGCCUCGGCGGUGUUUCGGAGCUCACCGUCGGAGCCGUUGCCUGUGAAGCCCUCUCCGCCAUCUCCGAGACCUCAGUCACCUGCGAUCCGGGCCCGCAGUCGGCCGCCUCGCCCUCGGUGCCUGUCGCCCUCGUCUCGGCCUCGCGUCCCUCGGGCUGCAACGACCUCGUCGACGCGUGCACCGUCGCCAUCGUCUCCGCCGUUGCCGCCGUCUCCUCGUCGACCACUCUCGACGCAGACGGCUCGUCUAUCGUCACUCUCUCCGGCAUCUUUGACACCGCCAUCGCUCCGGCAACCUACACCGUCGACAUCGAUACUUCCCCGGGACCCACGCCCUGCACUGGCUUUGCCGUCUCCUCGACCGAACUCAACUGCACCGCCGCCGCCGUCACCGCCGCACAGACCUCGGUCCCACUCGGGCUCGUCUCAGACGGCGUCUACAUUCUCGACAUGGCCCCGGCCGCCGUCGCUACCACCUUUACCUAUCGUGCUGUCAUCACCGCCGUCGCGCCGGCUCGCGUCGACGCUAUCGCGCCUGCCGUCAUCACCAUCUCCGGUGCCGGCUUUAGCGCCUCGCCCUCGGUCUCCAUCGACGGCGUCGCCUGCACCUCGCCCCUCGCCGCCGGUGACGGUCUCUCGCUCACCUGCUCUCCGGCUUCGGCAUCGCCGACCUCGGCCGCAGCCCUGGCAAUCACCGCCGCCGGCUCCCCCGCCGUUCACAAGUGCGCGUCGAGUCCGUGUGCCAUCGCCUUUGCCUCGGUCGUCACCGGCGACUUUUCCUCCCGUACCUUUGCCACAGACGGCUCGUCCAACGUCACCCUUGCCGGCACCUUUGACUGCGCCCGCUCGUUUGACAUCGAUUUCUCCACAGGCACAGGCUGCUCCCACCUUUACUGCGCCCCGGACCACCUCUCCUGCGUCGUCGCCCCGCACUCCUCGGCAACCUCCACCGCAGAGAUCUCCGCUGUCUCCGACGACCUAGCCGCGCUCACCUGCUCCGGCCCCGCCUGCGCGACUGACAUCCUCACCUUUCAGCCGACGCUCACGGCCAUCGCCCCGCCACGCCUCGAUGCCCUUGGCCUCACCGCGCUCACCCUCACCGGCUCGGGCUUUGCUGGCACCGCGGCAGUCUCUGUCGGAGGCAUCGUCUGCACCUCGCCAACCGUCAACGGCCCCGCCACCCAGCUUGUCUGCGAUCCCGGCCCGCAUCCCGCUCCCGCUUCGGCCGCCUCCGUUGCCCUCACCGUCAACGCUGUUCCUCCGGCAUGCUCCGUCCCCGGCGGCUGCGUCCGCGACGUCAUCUCCGCUCUCGAUGCCGUCACCUCACCAACCGCCUUGCGCGCAGACGGCUUGUCAACGCUCUCGCUCUCCGGCAUCUUUGACACCGCCAUUCCGCUCGCCUCCUACACCCUGCAUCUCACCACCUCCUACGGCGGACUCGACUGUCCGCUCUCCUCACUCACCACCACCGAGCUCAACUGCACUGCGCCCGCGGUCAUCGCCGCAGACCCUGCCGUCGCCAUCGCUUUUGUCGCCGACGGCUCCUACAAUCUCACCGCAGACUCAGCCCUCGCCACCCCGCUCGCCUACGACGCCGUCAUCGCCAGCCUCUCGCCGGCCACCCUCGAUGUCGCAGGCUCCACCCUUCUCACCCUCACCGGAGCUGGCUUCGCCGGCGCCUCGCCGACUGCCGCCAUCGCAGGCGUCAACUGCGAGUCGACAACGCCCAAUGCCGGCGGCACCGAGCUCAUUUGCGAUCCGGCGCCCAACUCGGCAACCUCCAACGCACUCGUCACCGCUACAAUUGCCUCCCGCCCGGCGCUGGAUAGCUGUCCCGGCGGCUGCGUGCUCGUCAUCCGUGCCGCGGUCAACGGCGCCUUCUCGCUCACCACCUUUGCCACAGACGGCUCCACCACUGGUGUCACCCUCGGCGGCUCUUUUGACUGCGCCCUCGCCCCGUUUACCGUCACCUUUGAGUCCGGCUCAAACUGCUCGGUCACAGCCUGCUCCUCCUCGCAGCUCACCUGCGAUGUCGAGCCGGUCGCCUCGGCCACCAACGCCACCCAAAUCGCCACCGUCUCUGACGCUCUCGGCGCCAUCCCCUGUACCGGCCCGGCCUGUGCCCCCGGUGCCCUCGUCUUUGCGCCCACCAUCUCCGCCGUCGCCCCGGCCUCACUCGACGCCAUCGGCACCACCGCCGUCACCGUCUCCGGCUCCGGCUUCAAUGUCGACCUCGCCGGCCUUGUUGUUGCCCUCGGCUCGGUCCCCUGCUCCACCUCGUACGUUGCGCCGGAUGGCUCGCAGAUCGUCUGCACCCCGUCCGCUGCACAGCCAGCAAUCGGAGCCAGAACCGUGACCGUCACCACCUGGUCUGUUCCGGCCACAUGCAUCGCCACCUGUGACCUUCUCGUCCUCCCCUCGCUUGGCGCCCUCACCUCGGGCUCCGUCCUUGACGCCGACGGCUCCACCGCCCUCGUCUUCUCAGGCAUCGUAGCCAACGCUGCCGACUACACCCUCGUCCUCAGCUCGGGCAUCAACUGCACUGGCUCAGCGCCCUCGUCCGCCUCCUUCUCCUGCACCAUCCCGGCCGUCGCCUCCGCCGCCUCGGGCAUCUCCAUCACCGCAGGCUUUGACGCCGACGACCUCGCCAUCUUUCUCGCCCCCUCGGUCACCUCGGCCUCGCUCGCCAUCCGCGCCGUCGUCACUGACGUCGUCCCGGCCCGUGUCGCCGCCGCAGGCGCCACUCCCAUGACCCUGCACGGCUUUGGUCUCGUCGGCGCCGCCGUCGACGUCUGCUCCAGCGAGUCCGCCCUCGCCAACGGUACCCAGCUCACCUGCGCUUCCGUCGCUGCCGCGCCGGCAUCGGCCGUCGCCGUUGCUGUCACCGCUGACGCCCGCGCCGCUGCCUACAAGUGCCCUGGCGGCUGCGUCUUUGACGUCGCCUCCAUUGUCGACGGCGCUUGGUCCACCACAACCUUUGCCGCAGACGGCUCUACCGUCGCCACCCUCGGCGGCCAGUUUGACUGCGCCAAGACCUUCACUGUCGCUUUCUCCACCGGCUCCUCCUGCUCUACCCUCGGCUGCGCCCCGGCUGUCCUCACAUGCACCGUGGCCCCGGUCGCCACCCCGACCGCCGCCGCCGAGCUCGCCACAGUCAACGACGGUGACGCCGACCUCGAGUGCACCGGCGCUGCAUGCGCGCUCGACUCGCUCACCUUUAGGCCGGUCAUCGCCUCCGCCAAUCCUAGCGCCAUCGCCCUCGACGGCUCUCCCGUCGUCACCCUGACAGGCGCGGGCUUUGGCGCUACUGACCUCGGCCUCGUCAUUGCUGGUUGUGACUCGGUCUCGUGGACCUCCGACUCGUCCGCCACCUGUACCAUGGCCGCUUCCUCGCUCGCCACCAACGUCACCCUGAGCCUCACCGCCGCUUCCGUCGCAGCCACCGCUCCCAUCGACGUCCGCUACCUCGGCAUCAUCGACGCCGUCGCCGGCAACAAGGCCAUGAGCCCGCCAGGGGGUGUUCAGUUCCUCCUCACCGGUACCUUUGACCCUGCCCGUCAAACCACGGCCUGGUUUGCCACCGAUACCGCCGACUCGCCCUGCGUUGUCGACGCGCUCAACGCCACACACCUCUCCUGCACCGCCUCGCCGUUUGCUGCCGCUGGCUACUACAACCUCACCGUGAGCGAUGGCUCGUCCAUCCUCGCCUGUGCAGACUGCACUGGCUUUACCGUCACCGGCAACGUCUCCACCGUCUCCCCGCUCAUCUCCGUCGACGGCGAUGUCGAGUUGCUCAUUACCGGCGGCGGCCUCGGCGCCGCACCCGGCGACAUCGAGAUCCAGGUCGACGGCGAGCUCUGCCCGCUCGUCGCCUGGUACUCGCCGUCGUCCGUCUCGUGCCUCACCACCCCCACCCGCGCUGCGCUAGGCGACGCCCUCACCGUCACCGUCCUCUCUGGCGGCAUCCCGGCGGCAUGCGUUGGGACCUGCACCACAAAGGUCGCGGCCAACGUCUCCACCGCCUCGCCCCAGUACCUGUCGUCGUCUGGCGGCGCCACCCUCACCCUCUCGGGCAUCUUUGACUGCGCCCACACCUACACCGUCUCGCUUUGCUCCGGUGCCGUCUCGUGCUCCGCAUCUUCCCUCUCCUGCGCCGCCGAUCCCGCAACCUCCGGCUGGCCCUAUCCCAUCGCCGUCACCGACGACGCCGGCACCCCCGCCGUGAGUAGGCCAUGGGUCGGCUACCGCGCCGACGUCUACCUCCCGGACAAUCUGGAGCUCUCCGCCCUCGCCUCGGUCGCCUCCUCUUUCGUCGUCAACGGCGUCGGCAUGACCAACGUCGCCGUCGCCAUCGACUCGGUCGCCCUUGUUGUCACGCCGGCCAACGAGACCCUCGUCUCAGCAGCAGUCACUUCCGACCUGCUCGAGGCUGGCGCGGCCGUCGCCGUCGACAUCGUCUCGGGCUCGCCCAACACCGACCUGCCGCACGUCUGCGCUUCUUGCACCGCACGCGUCGUACCUGAGAUUCUCGACCUCACCCCGGGCAUCGUCGACCUUCACGGCUCGCAGCCGGUCACCAUCACCGGCGCCGGAUUUGGCUCGCUCGCCUCCGGCACCUCCAUCGACAUCGUCUUUGAGGGCCACGCCUGCGCCGUCGACAACGCCGCAUGGUCGCCCUCGUCUAUCGUCUGCUCCAUCGACACCUCUAGCCCGGUCUACGACGCCAAGGUUGAGAUGCUUGUCAACGGCAUUGUCGCCUCCACCGCAUUCUGCGUCUCCGGCUGUGAGGUCGAUGUCCAGGGAAACGUCACUGGCCUCUCCGCCCGCGACUUUGCCACUGACGGCUCCUCUCCGCUCCUCGUCGUCUCCGGUGACUUCAACUGCUCAGCCCCGUACGCAGUCGCCAUCGGCGGCACCGCCUGCGACGCCCUCGUCUGCGCCGCUGACUCGCUCACCUGUCAGCCGGGCCCGCGCUCUGCCGCCGCCCCAGGCCUCGAGCUCGUCAUCACCGGCGCCGCCAACGCCUCAUGCCACGCCACCAUCUGUUCCGGCCUCGCCUACCGCGGCACCGUCUCCUCCGUCGUCGGCGCAAUCGAGGCCCGUCCCGGAGGCUCCAUCCAGAUCUGGGGCUCCGGCUUUGCUGCCGGUCUCGCUGCUUCCCUCGACGGCGUUGCCCUCAACCACCUCUCGUCCAACGCCUCGUAUGCCGUCUUCCAGCUCACAGCCCCGCUCCCUCGCUUUGGCCUUGGUCUCCCUCUCUCCGUCUCUGCCAACGCCCUCGACGUCUUUUCCUGCCUCGGCUGCGUUGUUGACGUCCAAGGCGUCGUCGAGUCCGCCGCCCCGUCCGCCGUCGACAUCGCCGGCAACAUCCGCCUCACCCUCGACGGCUACGGCUUUGGCUCCGACCUCUCCCUCCUCAACGUCUCGCUAGCUGCCGCCCCGUGCAAAGACGUCGUCCUCGUCUCCACCACUCGGCUCACAUGCGCGUACGGCGGCGCGGGCGUCGUGCCCGCUGCUGCCGUCGACAUCGACUCCUUCCUCAUCGAAGCUACCGCCGUCGACGUCGUUGCCUCUCUUACCGGCCUCGCCCCGCGCACACUCUCGGCCGCCGGCUCGCAGACCCUCACCAUCACCGGCGCCGCCACCUCGUUCUCGCCCUCGAGCAUCGCCUACAUCGGGCCCUACCCCUGCGGCUACCUCUCUCACAACGACACCGCCCUCCUCUGCAUCACCACCCAGAUGGUCAUGGGCGAGCGGAGCGUCGUCGUCAAGGACGCCGGCCUCGACUCGCUCUGCUUUGGCGAGUGCGCCGUCAAUGUCACCGCCCGCCUCGACUACGUCCUCCCCACCCCGGUCCUUAGCGCCGGCGACGACAUCACCGUCGUCGGCAUCGGUUUUAACCCGUCCGGCCUGCAGGUCUCGCUCGACGGCCGCGCCUGCACCGCCGUGGCCGGCAACGACACACAUGUCUCCUGCUCCGUCGCCAGCGGGAGCCACAACCUCGCCGCUGCCCUCGACGUCGUCGGCGGCGCCCGGCGCUCGUCGUCGGCGUUUCACGCUCGUCGGCCGCGGCUUUGA